AUGGACGCCUCCUCCCUCCGCAUCUCCAAGUUCGAUGGAACUAACUUCCACGCCUGGAAGUUCAAGAUGCAGAUGGUGCUGGAGGAACGGGACCUAUGGGAGGUCGUCAGCGGUGAGAUCAAGGCGGAACAGUGCGAGACUCAGUUGGACCAAGCGACGUACAAGAGGAAGUCAAGAAAGGCGAUGGCAGUGAUCUGUCUAGCCAUGGAAGAUUCCCAGCUACCGUUGGUCCGGUCGGCAAGUGGUGCAUGCGACGCAUGGUCAAGGUUGGAAGACCACUUCGAGAAGAAGAGUCUUGCCAACAAGCUGUUCUUGCGCCGUCGCUUCUUCACGACAAUGAUGGAAGAAGGCGACGAUGUACUCGAACACAUCAACAAGCUCAAGACGCUGGCGGAACAGCUAGAAGCGGUGGGGGCUCCAGUCUGCGAGGACGAUCUGGUGAUCACACUUCUCGGCAGCCUGAGUGACUCGUAUCAAUUCUUGAUCACAGCUUUGGAGUCGCGCUCAGACACUCUUAGCUGGGAGCUCGUGACGUCUCGACUGCUUCAUGAAGAAAUGAAGCGGAGGGAGCAAGGAAGUAAAGGUGAUGAAGCUUCGCAAGGUCAAGCGUUCAUCACAAGGGACAAUCAGCGCAAAGGGCGACCAGUGAAGAAGUCCUGGCCGUGCCACAAUUGCGGAAAGAUUGGUCACUGGAUGGCGGAGUGCCCCUCGCGCAUCCAAGAAAACACGGAGAGACACCGGCCACAGCGUGCUCAAGACAGCGGCGACCGCUAUCGAUCACAACGUGCAAACGUCGCUCAAGAAGAAGACUCGGGCGACUACCUCUUUCGAUCGGUGAAACGACAUCUGCGUAAUCGAGCGACAUCUGGCUGGUCGACUCCGGGGCGACGCAGCACAUGA